UUUUGAUUUCUGCUCCGGAGUCAGUGAGGUUCACAAAGCUCAAAACUCCGCCGUAGCCCAAAUCACCAUGCGCGGCGACGCAAGGAACUGGGACGAAGAAGCCUACAGGGAAACCAUUCUAAAGGAGCGAGAGAUCCAAACCCGAACCGUUUUCCGAACCGCCUGGGCUCCCUCCCUUAACCCUAACCCCGACACCAUCGUCGUCGCCUCCAGCGAUGGAUCCGUUUCUUCCUACUCCAUCCCUCACCUCGUCUCCAAGCUCCCACUAGGUUUCAGCAAUGUGAAAGCUCCAUACUUGUUAAUGGCGGAACCUAAUUGCUUCCUUAAAGGGCAUGAGGGGCCUGCAUAUGACGUUAAAUUUUAUGGCCACGGGGGCGAGGAGUCUAUGCUGCUAAGCUGCGGGGACGAUGGUCGAAUUCGAGGAUGGAGGUGGAAGGAUUGUAUACAGUCUGACGUGCCUAUUCAUUUGCAAGGAGACCAAGUGAAGCCAGUACUUGACCUGGUGAAUCCUCAACAUAAGGGUCCUUGGGGGGCUUUAUCUCCAAUUCCUGAAAACAAUGCUCUUGCUGUUGAUAAUCAAGGAGGGUCCAUUUUCUCUGCUGCUGGCGAUUCUUGUGUCUAUUGCUGGGAUGUGGAAACAGGUCAAGUCAAAAUGGUUUUUAAGGGGCACUCAGAUUACUUGCAUUCCAUAGUCGCCCGAAACUCUACAAAUCAGAUCAUAACUGGUUCAGAGGAUGGGACGGCACGUAUAUGGGAUUGCAAAAGUGGAAAGUCAGUUCAAGUGAUUGAGCCAUUAAAGAAUAAUAAAUUGAAAGGGUCGUGCGUCAGUUGCAUUGCUCUUGAUGCAAGUGAAAGCUGGUUGGCUUGUGGUACUGGUCGGAGUUUAUCAGUUUGGAACCUUCCUGCAUCUGAAUGCAUUUCAAGGACUUCAACUCGUGCAUCUGUACAGGAUGUAGUAUUUGAUGAAAAUCAAAUAUUAGCAGUUGGAGCAGAGCCUCUACUUAGCCGUUUUGACAUAAAUGGGGUGAUUCUUUCACAAAUGCAAUGUGCCCCUCAGUCAGCCUUUUCUGUCUCAUUACACACAUCUGGGAUUGUCUGUGUUUUUUUAUUCAAUUGUUGCACUUUUGCAGUCAUGGCGGCACCUGAAGGUUCACAGUUUGAUACACGUCAGUUCGACACCAAGAUGAAUGAGUUGCUUGCAACUGAUGGACAAGAUUUCUUUACAUCAUACGAUGAAGUUUACGACAGUUUUGAUUCCAUGGGCUUGCAAGAGAACCUGCUGAGGGGCAUUUAUGCUUACGGUUUUGAGAAACCCUCUGCCAUUCAGCAAAGGGGAAUUGUCCCCUUUAUUAAGGGUCUUGAUGUGAUUCAGCAGGCUCAAUCUGGAACUGGGAAGACAGCGACCUUCUGUUCUGGUAUUCUUCAACAGCUUGAAUAUAGUUUGACAGAGUGCCAGGGCUUGGUUCUGGCACCCACUCGAGAGCUUGCCCAACAAAUAGAGAAGGUCAUGAGGGCCCUUGGAGAUUAUCUUGGUGUUAAGGUGCAUGCAUGUGUUGGUGGAACUAGUGUUCGUGAAGACCAACGUAUUCUGUCAAAUGGAGUUCAUGCUGUUGUUGGAACUCCAGGUCGUGUUUUUGAUAUGCUAAGAAGACAGUCACUUCGCCCUGAUCAUAUCAAGAUGUUUGUUCUUGAUGAGGCUGAUGAAAUGCUCUCUCGGGGUUUCAAGGACCAGAUCUAUGAUAUAUUCCAGCUUCUCCCACCAAAGAUUCAGGUUGGUGUGUUUUCUGCCACCAUGCCACCUGAGGCCCUGGAGAUCACAAGGAAGUUUAUGAACAAACCUGUGAGGAUUCUUGUGAAGCGUGAUGAACUCACCCUGGAAGGAAUUAAGCAGUUUUAUGUCAAUGUGGACAAGGAGGAGUGGAAGCUUGACACUUUGUGUGAUCUUUAUGAAACCUUGGCCAUUACCCAGAGUGUGAUUUUCGUGAAUACUCGACGCAAGGUUGAUUGGUUGACCGACAAAAUGAGAAGCCGGGACCAUACAGUCUCUGCAACCCAUGGAGACAUGGACCAGAACAACAGAGACAUCAUCAUGAGGGAAUUCCGUUCUGGGUCAUCUCGUGUCUUGAUCACCACCGAUCUGUUGGCUCGUGGUAUUGAUGUACAACAAGUUUCCCUUGUUAUUAACUAUGAUCUGCCUACCCAGCCUGAGAACUACCUCCAUAGAAUUGGUCGUAGUGGAAGAUUUGGUAGGAAGGGAGUUGCAAUCAACUUUGUUACAAAGGAUGAUGAGAGAAUGCUGUUUGAUAUCCAGAAGUUCUACAAUGUGGUAGUAGAGGAGCUGCCCUCAAAUGUUGCUGAUCUCCUCUGAUGAGAUUUUAUGAAUUUGGGAAGUUGGUUGAGGAAAGUUCUGCUUAGUAAGUGCUGUUUGACGUUUCUUCCUUCUCUCUUUUUGGUCCCUUUCAGCCCCGCCACCCCCGCCAUUUUGUGUCUUUCUCUUAUAUUAAUUAAUAUAGGCCUAGUUCUUCAAUUUAUGGUUGUUGGAAUGGCUAUUUAAGUGGUACAAGUACAUUUGCAAUGUGAAAUCCAUCAUUCCUGAAUUGGUGUGGUGGCGACUGUUGUUGAAUACUUUCUAGCUGCUAAACUUCCUAAUGUAUGUAUUUCGGUUUCUUAGUUUUUCUUGGUUCUGGUCUUUUAAGUUUUUGAAAUUCCAUAUGAAUGUUCACUCUAAUAGAGUAACAGCCAAAAAUGACUAGAAUGGUUGGUUUA